CGUCCGAUUUACUUUCUAACUCCUCUGUUUCCCUCUAUGUUCUUCCUCCCUCCUCUCAACUCCAAGGGGUUUAAUUUCAUUCCUCCAACUCUGAAGGGUUUAAGCCUCAGAAAGUUGGAAGCAACGAAGAAAAACCAGAUUGACAGUGAAGAUUUCUGAAUCUGAUUGCGAUUUCUAGGCAUUCUCAGAAUGUUGCCCAGAUGGAGCAGGGCCCUUCCCCAUGUCCCAAAGCUGAGGUCUUUGAGUAGUAUGGAGUUCAGCGAAGAUGUUGGUAGAAUUCAGCGCCAAAGCUAUGCCAAGGUUGCUGCCGCAGCUGUGUCGCCGGCUGCUACUGAUUCCACGGGCAAGGGUGUUCCUACCAAAUCAACCGUCAAUUUGGAUAAGAUGUUCUGGUCUAAGCCUUGUUCAUUGGCUUUGGCUCCAGAUUCCCCACUCAGAAUUGAAGAGCCAAAGUAUGCGGGCAUCAAGUAUUUUAUCCUCAAGCUGAUGCUGUUCUACAGUAAGCAAAGCAAGUCUAUCCGAGGGGCAAAUGUGAUAUAUAAGCGGGUUAUUUCACAAGUUGAUAAACCUGCAAUAUAUGAAGUAUUUAACUUGGAGACGACAUUCAAAAUGACAUUCUCAUUGCUUGUACUUCAUAUGUGGCUUAUUUUACGCCGCUUGAAGGAAGAGGGAAAAGACGGUGUUGAAUUAGGGCAAUACCUUUAUGAGAUCUAUAAUCAUGAUGUGGAGCUGAGAGUGUCUAAAGCUGGGGUUAACUUACUGUUGACAAAGUGGAUGAAAGAACUGGAGAGGAUAUUCUAUGGAAAUAUUGUUGCAUAUGAUGCUGCCUUGCUUCCAGAAGCCAAAAAGGAUGAGCUAACAAAUGUUUUAUGGAGGAAUGUCUUCUCUGACGAUGGUGCAUCAAAGCCAGAUGAUGCUGCAUUACGAGCUGCCCAGGCAAUGGCACGGUAUGUCCACCGGGAAGUCAGUUGUCUGUCUUUAACUGAUAAAGAAGCCAUGUUUUCAGGGAACUUCAUGUUCACCUCGUUGGAGAAAACAUCAUCUGAUUCAACGAGAAGGUGAUGUUCAGACGCCAAUAUGGGAAUUGAGGGUAUUGGAGGCUGGUGCUUCAACCCAACAAACAAAGAAUGUUAGAAACACGGAACGAAGACAAGGGAAGAUAUUCCUGUGAAUUCAAUUGAGCUGAACUUCUAGAAGCCUUAUAUAUUUUUGUUGGAAUUAACCAUUUUACCGGCUUUGAAUUAUUUAGUUAGUAAUUGGGGUUGAUUGAAAAAAAACAAAGGGUUAUGAAUUAAAGGUUGAUGGAAGAAAUCUAAGUAGAUACA